AUGACAACCAGUGUGUACAUCCUGCGUGGCCAGCUGGUCAGCAGGGACAGAGUUAGCUGUGGCCAAGGCUACAUCUACGACACGAAGACAGACAAAUGCAGGGAAUGUCCUAAAGACACCUAUCAGGACCAGGACAUUGGGUUCACCUGCCAGCCGUGUCCUACAGGUACAACGACAGUCUACAUGGGGUCAAUCAGUCUCAAGCAAUGUCAAGGACACUGUCCUGCUGGCCACUACUCAGACACGGGGAUGACGCCAUGCCAGAAGUGUCCAGUUGGAACCCACCAAUCAGAGCGUGGCAUGCACGUGUGUGACCUUUGCCCUUUCGGAAUGUCCACACCUCAGACAGGAACGACCUCCGCAUACGAUUGUCGAUUCGCUGCCGUCAGACUAGACGAGAACAGCCCAGGUCCAGUUAUGCAGGUCAAGGACGAAUCACCAGUCACUUUCACCUUCAUGACCUGGCUAUCCACUGACGUCACAAACAACAGGUCAAGGCUGAGAUUUUCUCUGGAACAUUCCACGGUCAACAUGAGCUGUGCUGGUCUGGUGAUGGGUCAGGUGACCAUCUGUCUGUACACUGACGUCACCAAUCAAACAAGAGACUGGACGCAUGUUGGUUUAGUGUAUAACAAUGGGACGUUAAAAGUUUACGAAAACGGACACGUUCGCAGCUGGUUGCACCAGGAACUCGGAGAUUUGAGGAGAAAAACUAUCCGCUUCACCAGUUCAGGGGACAUUACUUAUCUGUUGGCCAGUGGUGUACAAAUGACGUUAACAGAGUACACAGAGCUGCAAAUGUUGGAGUUCGCAAGUUCGUGUCUGGCUGAGGUGGAUAACAACAUCCUAGCUGCCAACUCGACCACUGAGUUCCACGUCAGCACUUGUUACGCGGCUGUCAAUGGUGCAUGGUCCAAGUGGGGUCCGUGGUCGGCCUGUGACGUCACGUGUGGUCAAGGUUUAAGAAGAAGAACACGGUCAUGUGACAGUCCACCCCCAGACAAUGGCGGUGACUUCUGUCUUGGAGAGCAAGAUGAAACGAUAGAUUGCAGUUCCGUCAGCUGCGUUUCAGAUUUCAACUUACUGUCCGAAAAUGAGAGUAAAGGUAAGCUGUUCGCACAAGAGGAAAACAAAACAGCAGAAAUCAACAUGUUAAGCAAUACGAGCCAUGAAACUACGAAUAAUAAGGACAUGUAUGAUGAAAUUAAAGGAAAACCUGCACAUUUGCAGGAAAAUUUCAGUGACUUUGAUGAAUGGGUACAAACGAUGACCACAGCAAGUAAAAUGAGUGAAACUACUAGUAGCUUCAGUCAUGUGACUGUAACAACUGUUGAGGAGGAGAAAUUUGAUUUAGAUCACAUUCCUGCUCUUAUGGCCAAAGAAGAUUUUGAAAUGAUUACAACCAAGCGUUUGUAUGAAUCUGCUAUCGGAGAAGACAACAGCACUUUGUUUAUAGAUCAUAUUGUUGAUUCUAAACUCGGAUUGGAGAAUACCACUUUUUUGGGUGAAACGUAUGUCUCGACAGUCGGUUCAGAAAAUACCACUAUUUUGGGUGAAACGUAUGUCUCGACAGUCGGUUCAGAAAAUACCACUAUUUUGGGAGAAAUGUAUGUCUCAACAGCCGGUUUAGAAAAUACCACUAUUUUGGGUGAAAUGUAUGACUCCAAAGUCGAUUUAGAAAAUACCACUAUUUUCGGUGAAAUGUAUGACUCGACAGUCGGCUUAGAAAAUACCACUAUUUUGGGUGAAAUGUAUGUCUCAACAGACGGUUUAGAAAAUACCACUAUUUUGGGUAACAUGUAUGACUCGACAGUCGGUUUAGAAAAUACGGAUACAAGAAUGUUGAAUGACAAAAGCUAUACAGAUUCAACAACUGAAGGUUUACAAAAAAAUGAUUAAAACACUCAAGGUAACCUACUCUAAGUUAGCUCUAUAAAAGGAUUCGAUUCGUGAAAUUAAAGUCUUUGUUUUCCACGAAAUAAAAUGUUCUGAAAUCUUAACACGUUAAAACAAAAUGUUUGCCACUAGCGUAAUAACAAAUUGUGUUAUUGUAUUACCCUGCGUAGCUUUAGUUUAAAAAAAACAUAAUCUGCAACAAACCAUAUUGAAUUUAGACCAGCAAUCGUUACGAACUUUAAUGUAAGUAAUUUUAUGACAUGGGGCCUAAUUUUUUGUUUAAUUCUCAAUACUGCCUUAUAAUAUCAUUUUCAAUUAUUUAUUCUA